AUGUGUUUUCCAGCACUGGGGUUGGGGCAGAGGGAGAGAAGAUAUUUGUUUGCUUGAUUCCACAUGACAACUCCAGGGUAACUGAAUAGCCUGUACGCUCGGCUUGACGGGGCUGAGCAGCCUGGCUCACAUACCAGAGCCAGGGGGAUGGAAGGGGCACUGGCAGCUGGGAUGGAGCCCAUCCCAAUUUCUCUGAAGAGCUCCAGUUUGCCAUCCAUUAUUCAUGUUUUUCUGAGGUCUCGCUUCUGAGAGCAUCCAAAGCCCUGUGUGGAAUCCAUGGGUUAAGCAUGGCAGCAUGGUGGGAGACUGGGUCCAAGGAAGCCUUGAAAUACAGCCCAGACUUAUCCCUCAUAUGGAACUGAUUGCUCCUGGCCAGGAUUGUCCCCGUUUUGUCCCCAGCUGAGCUCUCUGUGCCCAUGGUGCCUGCAGCGGGGGGCUGAGCAGGGCCAUGCAUCAUCUCUUUGGGCUGGUUUUGGCACAGAAGGACCUGUCCCGGGCAGGGGAUCUCUUCUCCCUGGAGGAUGCUGAGAUCGAAGGAAGCCUCUCUGAAGCUCUUGAACAGAUCAGAAUCAUUAGUUCAGCUGCAGACUACCAGACCAACGACAACGACCAGGCUGUGGUGGAGAUCUGCAUCACCCGCAUCACCACGGCCAUCAGGGAGACUGCAUCCAUCGAGAAGCACGGCAAAGCCCUGGUGGCUCUCUGGGAGUCCUGUCUGGAGCACAACCUGAAGCCCUCUGGCAAAGAUGAGGAUGCCCCACAUGCCAAGAUUGCAUCUGACAUCAUGAGCUGCAUCCUGCAGAAUUACAACCGGCCUCCAGUGAUGGCCUUGGCUGUGCCAGUGGCAGUGAAAUUCCUGCAGAGGGGCAAUAAGGAGCUGUGCAGGAACAUGUCCAGUUACCUGUCCUUGGCUGCCAUUGCCAAGGCUGAGCUGCUGGCUGAGCACACAGAAACCAUCCUCAGGAGUGUCCUCCAAGGGAACUGGAUGCUGCUGCGGGUGCUGCCCGCGCUCCUGGAGCAGCGCCCGCGGCCGAUCCUCGCCCGCCUGCCCGACCUGGUGGCCCCCAUGGCCCAGCUGGACCCUCCCGAGCAGCUCCACCUCCUCAGGCUCCUGCACACCGUGGCCAGGAAGAGACAACUGGGGGUGCUGAAAGAGUGUUUGCCAUUUUUAUUUGGACACCUGAGGGACCCCAACCACAGUGAGGUGAUUCUAAACAUCCUUCUGGAAAUAUCCAGUUAUGAACCUGCAGCCUUGGCCCCUUUCCUUCCCACGCUGAGGGAAAUUGGGGAGGCUUUUCCCACUUUGAUUGGGCAGACAGCAAAGAUCUUUGGAGCUGUUGGACAUCUCGAUGAGGAGCGAGCCAGGGCGUCCCUGCUGUACCUGGUGAACCAGCUGGCCAGCAUGGAGCACUCCUCCCACCACCUCCUCCUGCUGGAGAUCAAGAGCCUCACCGACAGCUUCUGCAGCAUCCUGGGCUCCCAGAGCAGGGACAUUUAUCGCAUGAGCAACAGCUUCUCUGCCAUCGCCCGGCUGCUGGCGCGGCAGCUGGACCGCCACGGGGCGGCCGCAGCCAGGGUGGAAAACAGCCCUGAGGCAGAAUGUCCUGUACCCCUGGAUGAUUUAAAAUCUGUGGUGAAUGGCAGUGAAGAAGAUGAAAAGCUGCAAGUUAAAAUCCAGGCUUUUGAAGAGAAAAUAAACGUGGACAGCAGCACCCCUGGCUCGGUGAGGAGAUACAGCCUGGGCCAGGUUUCUAAAGAAGAAAGGAAGGAUAUGAGGUUUAACAGGUCCAAGAGCCUGGCCCUGCACGCGCUCAGGAUGAAGGGGCUGAGCUCGGAGGGAGGGCAGGAUGAGGAGAACGGGGACAUCCCUGCUGGAAUCUCCUUCUCCGAGCUCUACCUCAGCCAGGAACACGAGAAAGAGCCUUUUGGGCUCCAUCCUGAAGCAGUGAUUUCACACCCCAGUGCUGAUUUCCCCCAGGCAGCCGAUGAGCCAGAGCAGAGCCUGGAAAAGGCCGGGCAGGGCAGGGCAGGGGCAGCCACGGCAGCUGUGCAGCACCAGGACAAGCUGUACCUGCACCUGAAGGAAAACCUGGGCAAAGUCAAGGAGUUUGUGAUGGAGAUGGGCAGGAGGAUUCCCAUCCCUGAGCAGUGUGUGAUCGAAGACACUGUUCAGAGCUGUGUGGCCAAGCUGUCCUUCAGCUGUCCCCUGAAGGGUCACUACUGCCUGUACAGCAAAUCCAGCUUCACCCUGGUGAGCCAGCAGCCUCCCCUCUGGAUCCACAUCAUGUUCCUGUUCCAGCAGAGCCUGUUGGCAGAGCCGCUGUCCAUGCAGAGCAGCUCGGUGCAGGUGCUGAGGGCUCUGUGGGAGCAGAGCCAGCUCAAGGGGAUGCACAGCUUUGAGGCUGCCAUGAUCCAGUCCACAUUCCCACACCAGAAGGACCUGGAGAAGGUUCAGAUGCACCUGGAGGAAGUGAGGUUCUUUGAUUUGUUUGGCUACAGCGAGGAGGCAGGAGCCUGGCAGUGCUUCAUGUGCAACAACCCCGAGAAGGCAACAGGUGUGAACCAGGAGGGGCAGCCCCUGAUGGAGGGCAAGCUGAAGGAGAAGCAGGUGCGCUGGAAGUUCAUCAAGAGGUGGAAAACUCGCUACUUCACCCUGGCUGGCAACCAGCUGCUGUUCCACAGGGGCAAAUCCAAGGACGGUGUCACUCCCCGCCCCCUGGAGCUGGGCGCGGUGCAGAGCGUGCGGGCGCUGUGUCUGUGUGGGACCAGGCAUGGCAACGAGACCACCACCUACCUGUAG